GUCACACUCUAUUUAAAUAAUCUAGGAAAUAAAAUUCAUGCAAUUGGACUAAAUGCUAGGCAUCCGUGUUUUGAGGUUACAAGCUGGCAACUCUGGAUUCAAUAAUGUGUGCCACCAGGCGCUUUUACGGAAUAAAAGCACAAAGACGAAGAAGGACAACGUAGUGCGUCAGGGCAAAAUAUUUAGCUCGUUGUUCGGAAAUCGGCUAAAGGGCAGUAAUAGCCGGUGGUACCCAUCCCAAGAUGCUAAUUCUCCAAGCAGCUCCGGCCUUCAAAAAUCGAAUCACGCCCUGAAAUUCGGAACACCACAUUCGAACUCCACUCCCGGCAAUCAUCGCCGCAUGUCCGUUCUGAAUAAGGUGUUCAUGACAAACAUAACCGAUAUUUUGGCAAACGGUGCUGUUGCCGAUUCAAUCGUCGGUCAAGGGGUGCAGAUAUCAUAUGUGAGGAUCACAAGCGACUUUACACGAAUCAAUGUGUAUUGGCUUGGCAAGGAUGGACGGGGAAACGAGGAGCUCGAAGAUAAGCUGAAUCGUUUGAGCGGUCAACUGCAGCAUGAGCUUUCACAGCUCCAUCUAAUGGGCGAAGUUCCCCGGAUAAAAUUUGUCCAUGACAAAACGAGCAGCGGUCUAUAUCAUGUCCAGGAAGUGCUAUCAAAGAUCGAUCAGUAUAAAUACUCUAGUCCAAAUAGCUAUACAGAACCAAAAGAAAUUGAUACAGCGAGUUGCUCUGCGGCAACAGAUGUUAUUGAAUGGCCGGAGAUGCGACAGGAUUUCUUAAAUUUUAACCAAAGCUUAGCUAUGGAUAAGAUCCACAGCAAGAUGCGCAAGUUCAAAGAGGCCUGGGCUCAUCAUAAGCAACACGUUUCGAAGAUAGACUCUUAGUUUCAAAUUAAAUUAAAAUUUUAUUUUAAAAAA